UCGAGGGGUCUGGCUAGCCAACUAUGACAAAAAUGCUAGGAGCUUUUCCAAAAUAAGGGGUCACAGCUGAUGGGGUUUAUGUAUUGAUAACAGUAUUUAUCGGUGUUUUCUCUCUGCUGUUGUUCGGGUCAUGGCCGCAGCUCGCUGCUGUCUCUGGCUGACGUUACCCCUCGUCCUGCUGCGGUGGCCGGGGCUGCUGGUCGCGGCGGAGCAGGUCGCUUUGGUGGAGGUUUUCCUGGAGCAGCGGCCCGGUGUCAGCACGCUGCUCCAGGGGGAGGUGGUGGAGUCCGGCAGCUGGAGCUCCGAGCACCGGGAGGGGGACCGGGAUGAGCUGGAGGGGGAGCUGGUCCUGGUGCAGAGUGAGGAGACGCAGGUGAGCGCGGGAAAAAGCGACGACGACGAGCAGGAGCCGUGGAUCGGAGUGGUUCCCGUGGAGAUGGACGACAGCAAAGCCUCCACCGGAAACCAGGAGUCCUUUGCUGAUGCGAUGGUCAAUAAGAUGAAGCGAGCGUUGGUCCUCGGAGCUUCUGCGCUGAUCAUUCUGGCUCUCAACCAAAACACUGUCAGUGAGAUGGAUCUGUCUCAGGUGCUCUCCAAGCCCAUCAUUGUGAUCCAGACAUCUGAAAAUGUCACCAAGCUGAUCGGAGCUCUGCUGAGGGGUCUUCAGGCGACAGCAAAAAUCACGUACAAGACGAUCCUGCAGGACAACCUGGGAGCCACGCUCACGCUGUGGUCCAGCUGCGGUCGAUCGAGAGGAGGGCGCUACGGAGAGUGGCAGGGGGUCAUCUGCACGGGAGAGACCAACUCUCAGGUCCAGAAGUACCUGCAGAAGCUGUGGGACACGGUCCUCCUCGUGGCUCUGAUCCUCAGCACCGGAGUCAUUGUCCAGGCUCGCUGGCAGUACCAGGACCACCAGCUGAACGACGACCUGCAGCUCUCUCCUAAACAGGAUGUCCUUAAGAGAAUGUCGUCCCUGAAGACCAAAACAUACCGUCAGCCCAAACCGCGGUGUGACCCGUCCCAGCUGGGGGAGACGGACAACUGUGCCGUCUGUCUGGAGCCGUUCAACAACAACCAGUGUCUGCGGGUGCUGCCGUGUCUUCAUGAGUACCACAGAGACUGUGUGGACCCCUGGCUGCUGCUGCAUCACACCUGUCCUCUGUGCAAACGCAGCAUCCUCGCGUCUGCAAAGAAAGUUAACACUCACCUCACCUCCACUGAUGAAGCAGCUCCGGGAAUCAAGUCUCGUCUCUUCCUCAGUGACACUCCAGUAGCCAUUUUUUUAACUGACCUCGCCACUUCUUCCUUCCUGCAGUGGAUUGUGGGAGCAAACACACACUCGUCAAAGCAGCUGGCCGGCCGUCUGGACUUUGGAGUGGUCCGGUUUUGACAUCUGACCUGCGAGAGGGUGCAGCAAGUCUCACAGACAUACAGUGUUAGAGUAAACACAAUACAAUGAAGUACUGUGCUGGUACUGUUGUGUAUUAACAGUACUUUUCCCUGGGAUCAUGUUACUGUACAAUUGUGGAAAUAUUUGUAUGUGUGAUCUACAGUAGUGGGACUCAUGAGGGUGUUUGUGCUCUUUUCAUAAACACCUUCUCUGUUUCUGCUGUAAACAGAGUGCUCUCUGCACGGACAUCCAGUGCUUUAUGGUUUUACAGGAGGACGUAUGGAUCUACGGGCCAGUGUAAAAGAUCACUUUAGGGCCAAAUGAUGUCAAUAAACAACUCAUUAACUGAGAGUUUAAGCGUAGUGUCCAAACUCAUACUUUGUUGUUAAAUGUUAGUUGUUGAGGUUCUGUAGUUGUAGUGCAGAAGUAACCAGGUGGUAGCAGAUGUGGAAAGUGUUUGCACUUGUCCUUAACAUGCCUUAUGACUUAACUACAGAGUGACAGAAACCACAAACACACCUCCUCAAUUAUGUGUAUGCUACCGUAGCUAAUUUUAGUUGCAUUGUUUGAAAUGAUUAGUGACGAAGAUGUUGAACAGGUAGACUGGAAAACAUUUUGUACAGAGUUUGUGCCACAGCUCAGUUUGAUUUUCACUUUUUUUUUGUAUGUGUGAAGAAGUCAAAAACAGCUCUGCUCUAAUGGUCAAACAGACAAAAACUGAACCAACAGAAGAUCAUCUCAAACGUGAAAAAGUGACGUACGGCUGCACAGCUAAUAGGCCGAUUAAUUACAAUUUUGUUCUUCAACACAACAACUGCAGUGCCAGCUGUGUGAAGAAAGCAUCCUACUUCAAUGGGGUUUUUUUCCAUUUAAAGGAAAAGUUCAACAUUGUCAAAAAUAACCGUACGGUAAAUAUAAAGCUACAGCCAGCGGAUGAUGAGCACAUUUUAGCAUCAAGACUAAAAACAAGGAAAUAAUUACGGCUCAUUUAUGCUCCCUUUAUAUACGAAAAAUGAUUUGUCUGUUUCAAACGCUGUAAACCUCACUGCCCUCCUACUUUCAUGCAUCUUCUCUGUUUGCAUAGAUACAGCCAACAGAUGGCACUACAGGGCAGAUUUAAACGUUUUACACAACAAUAAAUAAGGUGGUUGAUGUCCUAAUAUUGUAGCUGUAAAGAAGGCAGCACUGCAGACGCAUACGUCUGGAUAAAUGAGACCUGGAUUAUGCUGCACAAGGUUUUAAACAGAUGUUUUGAUAUAGUUUUCCUGUUGUUAAACAGAUAAAGAUCUCGUACUUUAUGUAUUCUUCUUCCACCAUUUACAUGUGCAAGAAAGACAAAACUGUCUUCAAAAAUUCAGCAGAACACAGGGAGAGCAACUGAUGUACAAAAGAUCAUUUGAGGGGUUAAGUGUUUCUUAACUGGCUGCAGCUUCAUAUUUAAAGUACAGACAUGAGAAUAUCAAUCUUCUCACCUAACUUUUGGCAAGAAAACAAACUGGCAUGUUUGUGUUGAACUAUUCCUUUGGAUAAAACUUAAAAUGUACAGUAAAAUCUACAUUAUUGUGAAACUGAAGGCUAAAAAUGUCCCAGCCCAAAAAAAAAAAAAAAAAAAACUGACAACUUACCGAAAAACGGGCCAUAUUUUAACCCUAACUGUGCAGCCGUACUCUGAGGCAUCUCUGGUGACGUCUCAGACACCUUCUGAGGCGAAAGGAGAAAACAGUCAGUGAUGACUCAAACUCAAAAAGGAUGUCAAAAACAUAGAAUUAUUGUAUUUAUUUUGGAUUUUUUUGCAAUGUCAACUUCAAAAAGCAAAUUAAAUCUGCUUUUUUUGUUACAAAAUGCUCUGAUAGAUCUGUUCUCUUCAUAGAAAAUAGUCUGUGCAUGGCAACAUGUUGGAGGUUUGGUUACUCUGAGAGACGUGAGCGCCUCUGUACAGCACGUGCUUCCAUUAUCACUUGAUUUCUUUUUCUAGAAACUUUUUUUGUCGUUUCUACAAAGGCUGGACAACAGUAGUGUGAACUGGGAGGAUGACAUCGCAUGCAUGCACUUGAACGUUGCAUGCAACAAGCUCGCAGACAGGUUGCUCGCAGAGGAUGAGCCGUAGGAGCAGCGCAGUGAGCCGCUGAUGUCCAGACUUGAUCACCAGGUCGUUAAUUGUUCUUCCAGCUACAGAAGAAACCGCAGUUUCUCCAAAACCCUGGAUGUCUCUUCCUUUUAUUCCUAUGUUGUCUAUUUGAUGAUAAUGAUGUCAAAGAAAAACUUCAUUCAGCCACUCUGAAUCUUAAUAAUAAAAUGAUUUUGUUAUUUGGCAAAAA